CCUCGCCAAUCAGCAUCUCCAAUCAUAAACCCUAAAAACGUUUCCCUCCUCACCGAAUUCUCAUCACCAUCUCCAUUACAAUCAAAGCAAUGAACUUCAUUAAAGUGAGAACCCCAAAAUGAGAAACCCAGCCGAAGAUGCUGCUUUUCCUCCGCAACUUCUUCUACACCGGUCGCAGGGCCUCCCCUUCAGUAAGCUCCUUCUCUUUCUUCUUUAACCAAAACCCUACGCGCUCAUUUCCUGUUAUCUUCACUGCUUCAACCCCAUCAUCUCAAAAUCCAAACUUUGCUUGCCCCGUCAUCUGGUUCACCGGUUUUAUGUGUGUUAUCAGAUACCCUUUUUCCUCAAAACCUUCUUUUGAUGACAUUGCUUCUGAAUCAGUGCGUAGUUUCUUGCAACAACAGGAUAGUCCUCUAAUUGAUAGAAUCUUUGAUUCUGCAUUGGCACCGGUUUUGGUGCCUAAAAUUUUGGAGAAGUUACAAGGGGACCCCGUAUCAGCAUUGAGGUUUUUCCAGUUGGCAGGGACUCGAACCGGGUUUCGCCACACUACAGAGUCUUAUUGCAUCCUGGCUCACAUUUUGUUUCGUGAAAAAUUUUAUUUUGAUGCAAAGAGAAUCAUCAGGGAGUGGAUUUUGCUUAGGGGGGAGUUUCCGGGUUGUGAUUUUUUUGAUAUGUUGUGGUUGACUAGGAAUGUUUGUAGGUCAGGCUUUGGAGUUUUUGAUACUUUGUUUAGUGUUUUUGUUGAGUUGGGAAUGCUUGAGGAAGCUAGCCAAUGCUUUUUGAAGAUGGCAAACUUCAAGGUUUUGCCUAAGGUGCGUUCUUGUAAUGAGCUUCUGCAUAGACUUGCAAAGUCAGGCAAAGGGAAAUCGUCAAUGAAUUUUUUCGAGGACAUGCUUGGGGCCGGCCUUUCGCCCUCAGUUUAUACAUAUAAUAUAGUGAUAGGUUAUUUAGCAAAAGAAGGGGAGUUACAAACUGCUAGGAAUUUUUUCGAACUGAUGAAACAGACAGGUCUUACACCAGACACAGUCACGUAUAAUUCUCUCAUCGAUGGGUAUGGAAAGGUAGGUUGCUUAGCUGAGGCAAUAAGUUUACUUGAGGAAAUGAAAGAUGCAGGAUGUGAGCCGGAUGUCAUAACUUACAACUCUUUAAUAAAUUGUUGCUGUAAAUAUGAAAGAAUUCCUCAAGCUUUUGAGUAUUUGCAUGAGAUGAAGGAAAGAGGGCUAAGACCAAAUGUUGUAACGUACAGUACUCUAAUUGAUGCAUUUUGCAAGGCUGGCAUGAUGCUAGAAGCAAUGAAAUUUUUUGUUGACAUGAUACGUGUUGGUCUUCAACCCAAUGAAUUUACUUAUACAUCUCUGAUUGAUGCAAAUUGUAAAAUAGGUGAUUUGGAUGAAGCAUUCAAACUGGCAAAUGAGAUGUUGCAGGCUGGACUUGAUCUAAAUGUCGUCACACACACUGCAUUGCUGGAUGGCCUCUGUGAAGAUGGCAGAAUGAAAGAAGCCGAGGAAUUAUUUAAGGCAUUGUUGAAAGCUGGAGUGGCUCCUAAUCAGCAAACCUAUACUGCCCUUUUUCAUGGAUAUAUUAAGGCUAAGAUGAUAGAAAAUGCCAAGGAUAUUUUAGAGGAAAUGAACAAGAAAGACUUCAAACCAGAUCUUUUGCUGUAUGGAACCAGAAUAUGGAGCCUUUGCAGCCAGAAUAAGAUACAAGAAUCUGAAGCCGUAAUACGUGAGAUGAUGGAGUCUGGUCUGACUGCAAAUAGUUAUACACAAACAACCAUUAUGGAUGGAUAUCUUAAAGCUGGGAAAACCACAGAAGCGGUAAAUAUUUUACAUGAAAUGCAGGAAUCGGGUAUCAAAGCAACAGUUGUAACAUUUGGUGCUCUAAUAGAUGGUUUGUGCAAGAAGGGAUUAGUUGAGCAGGCUGUUAAUUACUUUGGAUGCAUGACUAGCAUUGGUCUGCAACCGAAUAUAAUGAUUUAUACUGCUCUAAUUGAUGGACUUUAUAAAAAUGGUUUUGUUGAAGCAGCCAAUAAGCUGUUCAAUGAAAUGCUGGAUAAGGGAAUCAGUCCAGAUAAAUUAGUUUACACUGCUUUGAUUGAUGGGAACCUGAAGCAGGGAAAUCCUCAAGAAGCUUUGAGAGUGCAAAAUAGAAUGGUGGAAAUGGGUAUGGAGUUAGACCUGCAUGCUUAUACUUCACUUGUCUCGGGUUUUUCUCGUUGUGGUCAAUUACAGCAAGCUAAGUCAUUUCUUUAUGAGAUGCUUGAAAAGGGCAUCACUCCUGAUGAGGUUCUUCUUAUUUGUCUGCUGAGGAGAUAUUAUCAGAUAGGAGACAUUAAUGAAGCUAAGGCACUUCAUAAUGAUAUGAUGUGUAGGGGACUAAUUGCUUCGACUCUUGAUAUAAGUGUUCCCUCUGUGUGCACUUGAGAAGGCAAAUGUAUUUUACAUAACUGGUUUCCAGUUCCCUAUGUGAGGGGCCAAAGUUCAAUGGUUUGAUUGGAAUGAAUUUGGUUCUUCAUUUUAUAAUGACAAUGGCCAAUUCCAAUUGAUGCAUUUUCGAGGCACUCAUUUUCUCAUGAUGACGUAAAUCCUACAGUUUCUGAAUCUUGCAUUUCAGUGUUCAUAUAUGAAUGAGAUUAUCAAGCUUACCAUGACAUGAUGCUUUCCUAAUUUGAAGAUAUUUUAUUUCCUUUGGUGCUUGAUAAAGAUUUUAAUCGUAGCGCAAACACUUUUAGGCCUGUUAUGAAAUUGAACUAGGCUUCUAGUCUCAUUGACUCUCAAGAAGUGAUCCUGCAAGAAUUGUCAGAACAACAGAUCACUUGCACAAAAGAUGUAGAGGAGUUCAGUCAUAUUGGAUGCUUUUCUUCACUGCAUACAUGCAGAAGAUAUUGGUGAUGGUUUAGAUUUCAAAGUUAUAAUACGAGCUGGAAUAAAUAGGUGAAGAAUAAGACAGAAAUACAAAGCUAUGGUUGAAGCUGAGGAGCUUUUUUCAGUUUUCAUGAUCUUGUGUGUUAUUCCUCCCAGUGAACAUUUCAUCUUAAUGCCAUGGAUAGGCUUGGUUAUACUGAAGUGAGUCAAAAGGGUCUCUUUCAAUAAAUUUGUGGUGGACCUUCCUAAUGGAUUGACUGAUCAGGCUUCUCAGGUUCUCUUCCCAAUCUUGUAACCUAGCAAUCACACACAGUCACAACAGAUUUCAGGUUCAUAAAAUUGCUGAUUGGCCAUUAUAGGUAGAUACAUACAUUUUUACAUUUUUGUUUGAGAGUAGCAUUGAAGAGGAGGAUAGGUUGUUUCAUUUAAAUGGAUUCAUGAUAGAUACAUAAAUAGAUAGAAACUUGGGAAAAGAGUUGUAACAAAGUUUUACAAGGUGCAACAGCAACACUAUUGUAACAGCUAUUUGUUUCUUUGUAUAUUGCAUCAUCAUAUAAUGAUAAAUAAUAAUUUCAUAGA